UCAGAAGGGUGCUUGGCGAACAGACCGUCCGUUUUGCAACACUCAAUCAUAUUCAAAGCACAUUGACCAAUGAAGGUCUUUGCGGUUCUCGCCCUUGUCGUGGCCUCUGUGCUUGCGGACACUUUACCAUCAGUGACGUUAUGUCCUCCUGAAACUCAAACAAUAUUUGUUCUCCAACACAACACAACAGUGGGUGCUCGCAUCCGAACAAUCCCAACCUCAAAUCUUGCUGAAUGCUCCGAUCACUGCUCGGCUUCUCUUGAUUGUCAAGGAGUUGAGUUCAAGGAUGGAAGCUGUGCAGUUUUCCGUGCAGGCUCUGAAAAGGCAACUGCUGGAAGCCAACUUCUCACCAAGACAUGUGUCAAGAGUGAUCGCGUUUGCCAAUCUCCAUUCCAGUUCGAUCUUUUCGAGCAAAGAAUUCUCGUUGGAUUCGCCCGCGAGGUUGUCCCUGCUGCAAACAUUCAAAUUUGUAUGGCUGCCUGCCUUAAUGCUUUCGACACUUUUGGAUUCGAAUGUGAAUCUGCUAUGUUCUACCCAGUUGAUCAAGAAUGUAUCUUGAACACCGAAGAUCGUUUGGACAGACCAUCACUCUUUGUUGAGGAAUCAGAUGAUACAGUUAUCUACAUGGAUAACAACUGUGCUGGAUCCCAAUGCUACCCACCAUACAUCACACAAUAUAUUGCCGUCGAAGGAAAGCAAUUGAAGAAUGAACUUGACCGUAUCAUCAACGUCGACCUCGAUUCUUGCCAAGCUCUUUGCACUCAACGUCUCUCAAUCUCAUCCAAUGACUUCAACUGCAAAUCGUUCAUGUACAACAACAAGACCCGUACUUGUAUUCUUGCUGAUGAACGUUCCAAACCACUUGGACGUGCUGAUCUUAUUGCCACAGAAGGAUUCACUUACUUCGAGAAGAAGUGCUUCGCUUCGCCAAACACUUGCCGCAACGUGCCAAGCUUCAAGCGUGUGCCACAAAUGAUUCUCGUUGGAUUCGCCGCUUUCGUUAUGGAGAAUGUUCCAUCUGUCACCAUGUGCCUUGAUCAAUGUACCAACCCACCACCAGAGACUGGUGAUGGAUUUGUCUGCAAAUCUGUCAUGUAUUACUACAACGAACAAGAGUGCAUCCUCAACUCAGAAACCAGAGAAAGCAAGCCAGAGCUUUUUAUUCCAGAAGGAGAAGAGUUCCUUGUUGACUAUUUCGAUAUUACUUGCCACCUCAAGCAAGAGAAAUGCCCAACUGGACAACACCUCAAGGCUAUUCGCACCAUCAAUGCAGCUCUUCCAGAAGGAGAAUCUGAGCUUCAUGUUCUCAAGGCUUCUGCUGCUAAGGGAAUCAAGGAAUGUGUUGCCAAGUGCUUCGGACUUGCUCCAGAGAAAUGCAGAUCCUUCAACUACGACAAGAAGACAAAAUCUUGCGAUCUUCUUUACCUCGAUGGUCACAACACUCUUCAGCCACAAGUUCGUCAAGGAGUUGAUCUAUAUGAUCUUCACUGUCUUGCCGUGGAAAACGACUGCUCUGCCAACAAGGAUGAUGCUCUCUUCUCCCGUUAUCUUCACACCAAACAACGUGGAAUCCCAGCAAAGGUCUACAAGGUUGUUUCACUCAACUCGUGCCUUGAAGUUUGUGCCGGAAAUCCAACAUGCGCUGGAGCCAACUACAACCGUCGUCUUGGAGACUGCACACUCUUCGAUGCUAUUGACGAUGAUGCUGAGAUUAACGAGCAUACUGAUUUCUACAAGAACCUCUGUGUUACCAAAGAAAUCGAUACUGGAGCUUCUGCUGCCGCCAAUGUCCCAGAAACCAAGCACCGUGUCUCUGGAACCGUCGUUGAAGGCAAGGACUCUAAAUCACAACUUCUUGCCACUAAGAAGGUCAAGAAGCCAACCAUCAAGAACACCGAACACCGUCGUGCUCCAGAAUCAACCGUUCCAAUUGGUCCACCAGUUGAGGUUAAAGCUGAAGCCAUUCAAACAAUCUGUAACUACGAAGGAAUCAAGGUUCAAAUCAACAAUGGAGAGCCAUUCAGUGGAGUCAUCUUUGUUAAGAACAAGUUUGAUACUUGCCGUGUUGAAGUUGCCAACUCAAAUGCCGCUACUCUUGUUCUCGGACUUCCAAAAGACUUUGGAAUGCGCCCAAUCUCUCUUGACAAUAUUGAUGAUAAUGAAACUGGAAAGAAUAAGACAAAGAAGGGAGAAGAGACUCCAUUGAAGGAUGAAAUUGAGGAGUUCCGUCAAAAGAGACAAGCUGCUGAAUUCCGUGAUUGUGGACUCGUCGAUCUUCUCAAUGGAACAUACAAAUCCACUGUUGUCAUUCAAACCAACAACCUCGGAAUUCCAGGACUCGUUACCUCAAUGGAUCAACUUUAUGAGGUUUCCUGUGAUUACUCUAGUAUGCUUGGAGGACGUGUUCAAGCUGGAUACAAUAUGACUGUUACUGGACCAGAAGCUAAUCUUAUUCAGCCACGUGGAAAGAUUGAGCUCGGAAACCCAGUUCUCAUGCAACUUCUGAAUGGAGAUGGAACUGAACAACCACUUGUUCAAGCUAAACUCGGAGACAUUCUUGAGCUUCGUUGGGAGAUUAUGGCUAUGGAUGAUGAACUUGACUUCUUCGUCAAGAACUGCCACGCUGAACCAGGAGUUGCUGGAGGAAAGGCCGGAGCCGGAGAGAAGCUUCGACUUAUCGAUGGUGGAUGCCCAACUCCAGCUGUUGCACAAAAGUUGAUCCCAGGAGCUAUUGAAAUCAAGUCAUCGGCUGUGAAGACUACAAAAAUGCAAGCUUUCCGUUUCGAUUCAUCUGCUUCAAUCAGAGUUACAUGCGAAGUUGAGAUUUGCAAGGGAGAUUGUGAACCAGUUGAGUGUGCUUUAACCGGAGGAGUCAAGAAAUCAUUCGGAAGAAAGAAGAGAGAAGUUAGCAAUAAUAUUGAAGAAUUCGAGACAAACCGGUACCUGAUUCCAAGAAGAUCUCACGCCACCACCUCCAUCGUCAUCAUUGACCCACUUCAACAGGUAUGCACAAAAGUAAAUGAGCCAGUUGCCAUGUCACGUGCUUCAACACUUGAUCUUCUUCGUGAAGAUGCUCACGAGGUUCAGAUGAUUGAGGAAGGAUCAAUCUGCCUGAACUCUGUCACAGUUUUUGCCAUCUUUGGAACCCUUGCGGUUCUGAUUCUUGGACAAACUGUUGUCAUUGCUCACUACGCAGUUCGUCGGUUUUCAUCAGAAAAGACUGCUUAAACAUGCUCAUCUUUUUAAAAUUGGCCAUUUUCUGCACAGCUCUCAGAAAUUUUUCUGAUAUCUGUUCAUGCUCAUAAGCUCAAAAUCUCAUUCCAUUAAUAACUUCUAAUAAUGUUUUUUUUUUCGUUUUUCUUGUUAAAUUUUCAAUACACAGCAGUUUUACGUGUCUUCACCUCAAAAGUUUUUACCUUUCCUUCCCCUAUUGAAACCAAAAAAGAUCCCUUUUUCAACUAUCUCUUUCUAAGAAAAAUAUUAGUCGAAUCGUAUGGAAUCUAAUAAGAAGCUUCUCUCAUAGCAAAUUCUAAAUAUAAAUAUUUUUGAAUGAAGCUUUUUUAAAAUUAGAUUCCCAGCGAUUUCGGUCUUAAUUUCAGCUACAGUAUCCACUGAAAACACAUACAUUUCUCAACAAAAAAAUCUGUUUGGUCUGUCGGGUACUGUAGAACCAUUCAUUUCUCAGUUACAAUUAUUUUUAUUUUUUCUUUCUAUCAUGUUGACAAUUUCUCCCACAUCUUUUUUCUGACAUUAGUGAAAAAUAAAGUUUUCGAAAUUUAUAAAU